AUGCCGACUUCCUGGGAUUCACUUCGGAUACGACUUCCUUGCUCACACCUCUCAAUCCCUUUCCCCCUUCCGUUCCUCCACUCCCUGCAGCGCCCAGACACGGAGGUGGUGGACGAGCCUCUGUACGCCGACUUCCUGGCCGUCACCGGUGCUGCCCAGCCGUCCCACACCCGUCUCACUCCCAGAUCGUAUGCUCACACUCCACUGCCUCCGCACUCCCCCCCCCGCCCGUCCCUUCCUGCAGCGCCCAGACACCGAGACACGGAGGUGGUCGAUGAGCCUCUGUAUGCCGACUUCCUGACAGUCACCGGUGCCCCCAACGCCCUUUUCUCUUCCUCCAGCGCCCAGACACGGAGGUGGUUGAUGAGCCUCUACACGGAGGUGGUUGAUGAGCCUCUGUAUGCCGACUUCCUGGCAGCCACGGACACGGUGGUGGUGGACGAGCCUCUGUACGCCGACUUCCUGACAGUUACUGACACGGAGGUGGUGGAUGAGCCCCUCUAUGCCGACUACCUGGUAGUCACCGGUGCUGCCAACACCCUUCAUUCCCCUCAGUUUGCCUUACCUCUUCCCAUUCCCCCUCUCUUCCUGCAGCGCCCAGACACGGAGGUGGUGGAUGAGCCCCUCUAUGCCCACUUCCUGGCCGUCACUGGUGCUCCGCGGCCUUACAGGCAGCUGGUGCUGGAUAGCAUGGAUGCUAAUGGCAUGAGGGUGGUGGAUCAAGUCGUAUAUGGCCCUCGAGGCUCCAACCCUCUUCGUUUUGUAAAGCACAUGGCAAAGCAGUGCCGAGAGGAGCUUCAGGCUUCGCUACUGUCACGCGGGCGGCAUGUCAUUCUCAUCCGCGAUCCCAUGCUGCUCAUCCCAUCCUUCGGUGAGGUCUCCCCCCCUUCUCUCUCCGAGACGGCUCUCCCCCACCUCCUCGCCAUCCACUCCUCGCUCUCCCACAUGGGCCGAUCCCCGCCUGUGAUCGAUGCUACAAGACUGCAAUCCAACCCCCAGGGCGUGCUCAUGGCCCUCUGCCAAGCUCUAGACAUCCCAUUCUAUCCUGAAAUGCUCUCCUGGCCUGCAGGCAAGCGCCCAGAGGACGGGGUGUGGGCUCCGUGGUGGUAUAGCACCACGCAUGCCUCCACUGGCUUCGCUCCCCCUGCUCUUUACCCCAAGCCCUUCCCAAUGGAGCAUUACUCCCUACUAGAGGAUUGCCGCCCGUUCUACUCCUUGCUCCGCUCUAAGGCCCUUGUACCGCUCACCACCACUUCCAACUCCUCCAACAACAGCAGCACCGCUACCACCGGCACCACCACUCCCACCACCAUCUCCCCUUAUCCCUCUGCCUCACCCCUGCCCUCGCCGCCUCUCCCUGUGCCGGCCAACCAGCAGCUGCUGGUGUGGGUGGGGGAGGAGGGGCUGGUGCCGCGACGAGAUGCGAAGAUUCACGUGUUGGACUCGGCAGUGCAGGGGGGCGAUGCUGUGUGGGAGGGACUUAGAGUGUACGACGGUCGUGUAUUCAAGCUGCAAGAGCACCUGGACCGCUUGUUUGAUUCUGCGAAGGCUAUGGCGUUUGCGAACGUGCCAACCCGGGAGCAUGUGGUGCAUGCGCUGGUGUCCACGCUUGCUGCUAACGGCAUGAGGGAUAAUGCCCAUGUUCGACUCACACUCACACGGGGGAAGAAGACUACAUCAGGGAUGAGCCCUCAAUUCAAUCUCUAUGGUUGCACGCUAAUCGUGCUCGCGGAAUGGAAGCCGCCUGUGUACGACAACACGCGGGGCAUCAAGCUCAUCACCGCCUCUACUCGAAGGAACUCGCCACAGUGUGUGGAUUCGCACAUCCAUCACAACAACCUCAUUAAUAACAUCCUCGCUAAGAUCGAGGGGAACAACGCAGGGGCAGACGAUGCAGUGAUGCUGGAUGUGCAUGGAUAUGUCAGCGAAACCAACGCUACCAACAUUUUCAUGGUGAAGAGAGGGCGCAUCCUUACUCCCCACGCUGACAGUUGCUUGCCAGGGAUCACCCGAGCCACGGUUAUUGAGCUGGCGAGACAGGAAGGCAUUCCCAUUCAGGAGUGCAACAUCACCACUGCUCAGCUGCACGCUGCUGACGAGGAAGGCAUUCCCAUUGAGGAGUGCAACAUCACCACGGCUCAGCUGCAGGCUGCCGACGAGGUGAGACAGAAUGUUUGA